UCAGCCUUCAUCCUUCUACCUUACACGGUAUACAUCUCCUGUUAUCAUUGCCAUACUACUCCAAGAGAGACGAAAAUGGCCCAAAACGAUGUUCCACAGUGGCCGGAUCUCCCAUGGAAAUUAAAUAUCUCCAUAUCGGCUUUCUCUUUCACCUUCGAUGUCACCCGUCGCUCUAAUGGCACUGCCAACCGCUUUUUGAUGAGUUUCUUCGACCUCAGAACCUCUCCGUCUAAGAAACCCAGCAAUGGUGUCAAAACCACCGACAUCACCAUUGACAAAUCUCGAAACCUCUGGUUCCGCCUCUACACCCCCGUCAACACCGGUGAUGGGGCUGCUGCUGUAGGUAAUUUGCCGGUUAUUUUCUUCUUUCACGGGGGUGGUUUUGUCUUCAUGGCCCCCAGUUCUAAACCUUAUGAUGAAUUCUGCUACGGCCUUGCUAGGGAACUCUCCGCCAUUGUCAUUUCCGUCAACUAUCGUCUAGCUCCAGAGCAUCGUUAUCCUUCUCAAUACGAAGAUGGUUUCGAUGCUCUAAAAUUCGUCGACACCGCAAUAAUUGAAGGCUUUUCAGGCAAUCUCAGACAGUGUUUUCUUGCUGGAGAUAGCGCAGGAGGCAACUUGGUUCAUCAUCUAGCAGUAAAAGCAAGCGAACAUGAUUUUUCCAAUCUAAAACUCAUCGGAAAUAUAUUGAUACAACCAUUUUUUGGAGGAGAAGAACGAACUGAAUCCGAGUUGAGGUUAACUCGAGCUCCAUUUGUAACCAUGGAGCGUUCAGACUGGAUGUGGAAAGCAUUCUUGCCGGAAGGUUCAAACCGGGACCAUCCAGCGGCAAAUGUUUUUGGGCCUAACUCGGUUGAUAUAUCGGGAGUUAAGUUACCGGCAACAAUCAUAUUUGUUGGAGGAUUUGAUCCAUUGCAGGACUGGCAAAAAAGGUACUGUGACGGAUUGAAGAAAUAUGGAAAAGAAGCGAGUUUGGUCGAGUUUGCCAAGACGUUCCACUCAUUUUAUGCUUUUCCUGAGCUGCCUGAGUUUUCUAUGUUAAUGAAGGAGAUGAAGGAUUUCAUGCGAAAGCAAGUAGAAUCAUCUGAAGGAGAUGGAAGGUCGGCUAGUGACAUGAGCGACCGAUGAUGCAAGCAGCAAGUGACGCGAGUGAUCAUAAACGCAAGUAGUGAGCAACAAGUGAUGCGAACAGAUGGAGAUGAGAGCAGUGGGGGAGAUGCGAUUAACGAGCGAUGCGAGUGACUAAAAAUACUAGCAUUGAACAACACCAGUUGUUGGAGAUGCAAUCAGCAAACAGUGCGAGUAGCCAAAGAUACAAGGAGUGAGUGACGUAAAUAGGAGGAGUAUUGAGUGGCACUAGCGACUCGAGCAAAGAGCAGUUGGAGUAGUGAAUGAUGAGCAGUGAUCGCUAGUAAGCCGCAUCACAAAAACUUCUAUUGAAUUUUUAAUUUUUAAUUUUUAAUAAUUUAAAUUUUAUAUAUUUUAUUUUUUAUUAUAUUUUUUAAAUUUGAAUAUUGAAUUUAUUGAA